CGGGAGAGUGGAGCAAGCUGACUGGUGAGCUCUGCAAGGCCUAUCUGCGCUACUACGGCCUGCGGCUGAGCGACUCGAAGGCGAAUUUGAUCAGUCGCAUUCAGAGACAUUACGAACUCAAGGACGUCCAGUCAGCUAAGCGCCAGUACCCACGCGCGUCCUUCUUCAUCAAUUGUACAGGUGACGUCUGCAGAAACGACGUCGUUCUCUUCAAUCAACGAAUAUCCACACAGUCGGUCUCGUCGGUCUCAAGGCACGAGAAGAAGUCAAUGCAUGGAGAGUUUCGGUUGGUGGCAGGGAGAGUGGUCAGUGAGAGCUACGGUGUGAAGAAGCAGCAACACACUUUCACUAUGGAGGUUAUUUGGAGCUCUGGUCUACAUGCACUGGCCCCAAUGACGCAGCUUCUUGUAAAGGGGAGAGUACUGUACAGGCAUAAAACAUUUCGGCAG